UCGUCAACGCAAAGACUCAAAGGUCGUUUUAGUGUUGUGUCAAUUAAACCGCGUUGAGUGAAUGAAUAUCUAUCUGCUCUGCUCUGCUCACAUCUCCUUCUCCGCACACCACAUUUUCUUCGAUACCACAAAAAGCCGCCAUGUUUUCCGUUCUCCCCUUUCUCCUUUUCCUCUCCUACGUCUCCGCCGCCGUAGUUGCAGAAUCCCCCCCAGCUUACAACCCCCCCGAUCUCUUCUUCUUCAACUGCGGCGCAUCCUCAAGCAAACAGCCCGACGACGAUGGCCGUACAUGGGAGAGUGAUGAUAAAUUCCCCAAGUUCAUGCCGGCGAAAGCGGCGGAUAUAUCGCUGGUUUCCAAGCCCGAAGAGCAAGGCUCUAACGUCCCCCAGGUCCCGUACACCACCGGCGUCAGAAUCUUCCAGUCCAACUUCACCUACUCCUUCCCCCUCUCCGCCGGCCCCAAGUUCAUCCGCCUCUACUUCUUCCCUUCCCAGUUUAACGCCAAAGGGUUAACGUUCAACAAGACGGAAUCUUACUUCUCAGUCACGGCUAACGAGCACACCCUGUUGAGAAACUUCAGCGCCUAUCUCACCGCCGCCGUUACCAAUUACCCGUUUGUUAACAAAGAGUAUAUCGUUAACGUCGACGAAAGCCAGAUGCUCAACAUAACCUUCGCUCCUUCUCCCAACGCUUAUGCGUUUGUUAACGGGAUCGAAAUUGUUUCGAUUCCGACGGGGUAUUACAUACGGGGCGAUCCCGCCGGAGCCAACGACAACCAAAUAAAAUGGGUGCCGGACAACAACAAUAAUUAUUAUUACAUCUACAACAACACCGCUUUUGAGACUCUGUACAGGCUGAUUGUUGGGGGACAAACUCUUUUGGCGGCUAAUGAUACCGGGAUGUACCGGACGUGGUCUUCCGACGAUGAGUACGUCAUCGGUUAUGGAUAUUUUACGCCGCAUUUGGAUGUCAACAUCACCUACACUGAAUUGACGCCGAAUUACUCUGCUCCUAAGAUAGUUUACACUACCUCGAGGACCAUAGCCAAUUACAGCAGUGCUGUGAAUUGGACAUUUGCGGUGGACUCGGGGUUUCUGUAUCUUUUCAGGUUAUAUUUUUGUGAGUUUGCGAUCGAAAUCGAUGGGGGGAAUGAACGGGUUUUCUCGGUGGAAAUAGCGAACGAAACGGCGGAGAGUCAUGCGGAUGUUUUUCUAAUGGCAGGCGGUUCGAAAAUUCCAAUCUUCAAAGACUACCUUGUGAAGGUGCGGGAUAACGACGGUCGCCGGGGAAAGCAAAAUGUUUCGUUGGCUAUUAGGCCUAACAUGGCGACCCGGCCGGUUUGGGCAAAUGCUCUGUUAAAUGGGUUAGAGAUUUUCAAGCUGAACGAUACUCAAGGGAGCCUGGCCGCGGCUAAUCCUGACUUCAUAUCUCAGCCGGUCCAAUCGCCGCCUCGGGAGAAGAAAAAAGGCGGCGCUACGGUCGGCGCCGUCGUUGGCGGCGUGUGUGGUGGGAUUCUGGUAAUCGCGAUAUUGGGAUUCUUGAUUUUCCGGCAACGGAGGAGGAGAGUGGCAAACUCGGCUGGGAGCAUUACCAAGACAACAUGGGACCCACUGUCCGUGGUGCCACCAUCCACGCAUAACACGGACGGGUCCGGCGCGCCGCUACCGUCCGAUCUCUGCCGCAGCUUUUCCCUGGAAGAUCUCAAAUCCGCGACGGGCAACUUCGACGAGAAAUUCGUGGUGGGCAAAGGCGGGUUCGGAAAGGUCUACCGAGGCUUCAUAGACAACGGCGCGAUCGCCGUCGCGAUCAAGCGGUUGAACCCGGAAUCCAGCCAAGGGAUCCGCGAGUUCCAAACGGAGAUCGAAAUGCUCUCCAGGCUAAGGCACCUCCACUUAGUCUCGUUAAUCGGUUACUGCAACGACAACGGAGAAAUGAUCCUAGUUUACGAUUACAUGGCUAAAGGGACCUUGCGCGAUCAUCUCUACAAAUCCGACAACAAUCCCUCUCUCCCAUGGAAGAAAAGGCUAGAAAUCUCAAUCGGCGCCGCUAAGGGCUUACACUAUCUCCAUACCGGAGCAAAAUGGACAAUUAUUCACCGGGACGUUAAGUCCACUAAUAUCUUAUUGGAUGAAAGAUGGGUGGCUAAGGUGUCGGAUUUUGGUUUGUCCAAGGUGGGCCCACUCGGGGAAGCUUAUACCCACGUCAGCACCGCCGUCAAGGGGAGCGUGGGAUACGUGGAUCCGGAGUACUACAGACGGCAACAAGUGACGGAAAAAUCCGACGUUUAUUCGUUCGGAGUGGUUUUAUUCGAGGUCCUAUGUGCCAGGCCGGCCGUGAUUCCGACCCAAACAAGAGAAAAAGUGAACUUAGCGGAGUGGGCCCGGCAGUGUUGCCGGAAAGGCACGGUGGAUCAAAUGGUGGACCCCAGAUUACGGGGCGAGAUCGCGCCGGAGUCGCUGAACAAGUACGCCGAGAUCGCCUGCAAUUGCUUGAAGGAACAGGGGAUAGACCGCCCCGCCAUGAGCGAUGUGGUUUGGAGCCUUGAAUUCGCGUUGCAGCUCCAGGAAGCCGCGGAGAAGAGGAGCCAAGCGGCCGGCGUCGACGGGUUCCCGCCCGGCAGCCCGUCUUUCCCGCUGCUCGGAAACGGAGACUCCAGCACCACCACCGAUAACAGCGAAGGCGUUUUCUCGACGUCCGAUGAAGUUGCGGCGAUGUCUACAACCAGUGGGAGUGGGACAGCGACAACCACAACCGGAAUCGACAGGCUACAGUCCCAUAAUGUUUUUUCCCUACUCAACCACCCGGAGGGACGUUAAUUAAUAUUUUCUGUACUCUAAAUUCAAUUUUCUAGUUGCCGUAGCCCAUAGGCAUUGAUUGAUGAUAGCAGAAACAGACAAAGCUCGGUGUUCCCUUAUAUGUUUUUUUGGCAAAAAUUUGUGUCAAAAUGUCUCAAUUAAGAGACAAAUAGUAAAUAAUUUAGUGUAUAAGUAUCACAAUUUCAGUUAUAAAUAUUAUAAUAUUUAUCAUUAGUAACGAUUUUA